AUGCAUUUCAUCAAAGCAUUCUUCAUCUUAAUCAUCACCUUAGUGACUUAUGUCAGAUCAGAAUGUAACACAGCUGGAACUUCAUGGGGAUCAGAUAAAUCAAAAGUUUUAGAAGGUUUUUCAGUAACUUGUCGUACCUUAACUGGAACUUAUCCAGUGGCUUCAAGUGCAAGAAGAUGUUUAAGUUCAGGUUCAAAUUUAAAAUAUGAUUUUACAGUUCAAACUUUAUCAUCAAAUGUGACUAGACUUAAUAAUAAAGUUUGUCAAGCUGGAUAUAAAGAGAUUUUGGAAUGUGAGAAAGGUGGCGUUGUGGAAAUGAGUGGUUGGAGAUUCAAAUUCAGACCUUUACCUGGUAAAUGUUAG